CGCCAUCUUGUGGUGAAAUAGUAUACCCAGGAUCCCGGAAGUGAAUCGUUUGUUUAGGACCGUAUCAAAAACCAUUACUUAGUUACGUGUAAUGUCAUCACUUUGUACGUCGUGUAACUGAUAUGGGAACGCUGUCAAAUGGCAUGGUGCUGAGAAAUAGAAAAAAAAGAGAGUUGAAAACGCCCCAGGAUCUCAGGUUUGACUUCAAGUGGGUGCAGUUAAUCACACCAUGUUGGUGACAGUACAUUUUGCCAUUAUUUCCCUGCUUGCCCUGUGUGCUGGCCUCGAGCUCACAGCACGCCGCCUCACCCCACCUCAGUCUACCCCUACUGCCGUAGCCAACCCAGUUUUCCGUCACUUUCAGACUAUAUUUCUCCGGGCAUACCUUUUGGCUUUGUGGGCAGACUGGCUCCAGGGUCCUUACCUCUACAAACUGUACCGCCACUACAGUUUCCUGGAAUCCCAAAUAGCCAUCUUAUAUGUGUGUGGCCUGGCCUCCUGUGUUCUGUUUGCUCCUUUUUCAGGCUGGCUCCCGCAAAUUUUGGGCCGCAGACAGACAUGUCUUGUCUUCUGCCUGUCCUACUCUGCUUGUUGUCUCACCAAGCUGUCCACAGACUACUUUGUUUUGAUUGUGGGUCGGAUAUUGGGGGGUCUGUCCACAUCCCUGCUUACCACCACAUUUGAAUCCUGGUACGUGCACCGCCAUGUAGACGUUCACGAUUUCCCCAAGGAGUGGAUCCCUAGUACCUUCACCAAAGCUGCUACCUGGAAUCAUGGGCUCGCUGUCGGAGCAGGGCUGGUGGCUAACUUGCUGACUGAAUGGCUCCACCUCGGCCCGGUGGCUCCUUUUCUCCUGGCUGUUCCCUGCUUGAUGUGCUGUGGCUGGGUGGUGCUAACAGACUGGGGCAAGGAAGAGGCCGAAGAAUCCUCUGAAGGAGACAAACAAAAACUGCUUUUUGGCACUCCUAAUGGAGGUGGGACCCGUUUGUCUGCGAGGGCCCGUUUCUCACGUAGCUGCCAUGAAGCCUUGCGCUGCCUGCUGUCAGACAGGAGAGUCAUGCUCUUAGGUGGAGUGCAGGCUUUGUUUGAAAGUGUCCUAUAUAUUUUUGUUUUCCUUUGGACCCCAGUACUGGACCCUCAUGGGCCUCCGUUGGGAAUAGUGUUCUCUUGCCUGAUGGCUUCUAGCAUGGCUGGUUCCUUGCUCUUCCGCUUAGCCACCUCCACACGCUACCGUCUACAGCCUGGCCAUGUUCUCUGCCUGGCUGUGCUGAUGGCCUUCUUCUCCUUCUUCAUGCUGACCUUCUCCACUGUCCCAGGCCAACCUAGACCUCAUGAGUCAUUUCUGGCCUUCCUGUUGCUGGAGCUCGCCUGUGGGCUCUACUUCCCUGCAGUCAGCUUUCUCCAGAGCAGGGUGAUCCCAGAGGAGAAACGGGCCGGUGUGCUGGCUUGGUUCCGGCUGCCUCUGCACCUGCUGGCCUGCCUUGGGCUGCUUGCCCUUCAUGGAGAAAUAUCAGGAACAGGUGGAGGGGAGGAGGGCAGCGGAACCAGACACAUGUUUGGAGGCUGUGCCGUCAUGAUGCUGGCAGCUUUGAUGGCUGUAGUCAGUCUGUUCGCGCUGGGCAGAAACGACACAGACCUGAGACUGGAAGGAACCAGAGGUGAGGGGGAGAUGUAAUGAUGAGAUGGACCAUGAACACAGGGGUUUUCCUGGCUCAGAACGGGCCGUUGGUGGGGAGACUAAGCUUGGCUGUAAGCAUAUUCGGUCGGCGUACAGUAGGGGUGUCAAACUCAACUUCACUACGGGCCACACUGGAAACCGAGGAUAACAUCAAAGGCCAGCCAUGUAAAGUCUAUUGCCCUGCUUUAAUUUCAUCAAAAAGUCCAAGAUAUUUGACUUUGAGAAUUUGUUCUCUCCUUUUUAAACUUUUUUUUGGCUUUCUCUGAUGUUUUUGUUGCUUUUGUUAACCUAAAGCCCUACACAAGUCAGCAAAAUGUUCCAAUACAACAACAAUACACUGAGACAAUUAUUUUUUAAAUAAUAAUAGACAGGAAUGACGGAAGGGAGGGAGGGAGACUAAACAACACACGCAGGAACAGACACACACAAAACACAUACAUGAACAAACACGCAGACAGACACCAGACAAGGGACCAAACACCUGUGAGGUGAGUCAGCGAUGUUUGUGUCCAGAGUCUUCCCUGGGAAGAAAUGUAUAUUAUGCUUUUGAGUAAAAAAAGGACCCCAAUGAACUAAUUGGUUAAGAUAAAUAGUAAUCAUAUUUUAUUUUAUUUAUAGUAUCAAAUCAUAACUAGAGGUAUCUCAAGACAAUUUACUGAUAGAAUAGGACUAGACCAACCUAUAAAUGAUAAAGACCCAACAAUUCUAGUAAUUUCCACAAGAUUUCCCCCAUUUAAUGUAAGGAAAAACUCUAUUUUAGGCAGAAACCUCGAGUGGUGAGAAAAUAUCCUUUUAGCGCUCAUAUUCAAGUUUAUGUUCUGCUUGUUCAACAGUUGUUUGGUAAAUUAUUCUUCACAAUCAAAGAGGAUUUGAAUUGUUUUUAUUCUCAAUUCUUAUCAUGUUGAUGCUGGUGAUUUCUUUUGGGGGGCUGGCUAAUAUCUCCUGGGGGGGGGGGCGCCAAAUAUGCAGGAAAAACCUUGCAUAUACAUUUAUGCUUGACUGUUUUCAAAUGUACCGGCCCAGUUUUGUGAGACUAAAAGUAGGGAUGCGUUGCACCUAAAUAGUCAAAAGUCUGUUUUUGGCCAAAUUCAUAUGUGAAGGAAAUCAGCGUCCAGAUGUGGUGUUUUGGUUUAUUUAAAUGUUGCCUCGUUACUUCUUUGUUAUGUUUUUUGGGAGAGAUUUUAACAAAUCUUGUCUGGGUAAGGAUGCUUUGGAAACAUUGCCAUAUCAACCUACAUUUAUCAAGUAAACUGCUGAGAUGUCCAAUACUUGUGUUCCAUUCCAUAAACUAUUCCAGAUAACACAUUACUGCCUCACUAAGUCCACCAGGGAGACAAGGUGAUGGGAUUGACAGGAUAAUCUCACCUGUCUGUAUCCUUAUGAGGAUCUGUGAGUAGUUUGAUCAUAUGUUUCAUCACAACGUUUAAAUCAGAGUUUAAAGAGAGCUUAAUCAAUAUCCAAAGAGAUAAGGUCAUGACUAGCAUGUAGACCCGUAUCUGAAUGGCGAUUCUUACAAUGCUUCGGUUUGUUGUUGUUUUUUCUGCAUCUGUGUAUUUUUAUGGAAAAGAGAAAUCUACAGUUGGUCAUUUUUACAUUAAAUGCUUUUCUGCACCAUCUACAAGAUAUCUUCUCUGUAUUGUCUUUGUUGCUCUUUACACCGUUAAAUAAAGCUGUACAUAUUGUA